AUGCCCGAUAACAUUCCACGGAGUCAACUACGCCGUUGCGACCAUAGUUCGCUCCAACUACCAUGUAGAAGUUGUCCAAGGUGGUUCAAAACUAUCGCCGGGCGAACAAAACAUCGCAUUUCAGCACAUCCCAUCCCACCAGUACUACCUCAGGACAACCACCAACGCUCUCCGGAACCCAUCAUACCAGAGCCCCGUCUGCCAAGCCCACAGCCUCAUGUCGACCACGAUAUCGACAUGGAUGUGGAUGAAGGAUAUGCCGACUUGGAGCACCAACAUCAAUCAUCGCCUCAAUCAAACGUUGAUACGGAAUUCAUUGGGCCUGGGGAUCACCUGUAUCAAAACUAUCAUACGGGUCUCAAUGCCAGACCAUGCAAUGCGGAUGGUAUAUUCCUCCUCCCUGGCACUCCGCCCCCACCUUUGGAGAACGUAGCAACUGGCGACUGGACACCCUUUUGCAAUCGUACAGAAUUCGAAAUGGCAGAGUUCCUGUAUACGCAAAAUCAGAUGCCGGCAGGUCAAAUCAACCGGUUGCUGGAUUUAUGGGCGUCUACCCUUGCGAAACAUGGCGACAAGCCGCCAUUCGCAGAUCAUUGUGAUCUGUAUGACAUCAUCGAUAAUUCACCAUUUGGGGACGUGAAUUGGCAAAAUUUUACAGUAACUUACGAUGGUGAGAGACCUGAAGAUGUCGUGCACAAUAUGCUUGCAAAUCCAACAUACGCCAGUGAAGUAGACUACUGCCCCUAUCGAGAAUAUUUAACCGAGGGCGACAAGCGCCAGUGGAAGGAUUUUAUGUCUGGUGACUGGGCAUGGGAUCAGGCAGAUGAAAUAGCUAAGGACCCGAGCACGCUCGGCUCUACGUUUGUCCCUGUCAUCCUUGGCAGUGACAAAACGACAGUUUCAGUCGGGACAGCCCAUCGUGAUGGAGUAGCAGUCAUUGGCUUCCUUGCUAUGCCGAAAACUACAAAGGAACAUGCUACCGAGGCAGUGUUCCAAAAAUUCCAUCGACAGCUGUUCCAUUCGUCACUCUCCAAGAUUCUCAACACGCUGAAACCAGACAUGACAACCCCCGAAGUCACUCAUUUUGGAGACGGUCACUACCGUCGGGUUAUAUACGGACUAGGGCCAUACAUAGCAGAUUAUGAGGAGCAAGCGCUGUUAGCAUGUAUCGUGCGUGGUUGGUGCCCUAAAUGUAUGGCAUCUCGCGAGGAUCUCGACAAAGAUGCAUUACGUCGUUGUCGCGAAUACACAGAAGCACUCGUUCAAGAAGGUUCCUUAGGUGACCUGUGGGAUGACUUUGGAAUAGUCGGGGAACUUGUAGCAUUUACAAACGACUUCCCCAGAGCUGACAUCCAUCAGAUGAUCUCACCGGAUAUUCUCCAUCAACUCGUCAAAGGAGCAUUCAAGGACCACCUCGUCGAAUGGGUCGAGAAAUACCUCAGACACACGCAUACGAAACGAAAGGCAGAUCAAAUUAUGGAUGAUAUUGAUUGCAGAAUUGCCGCUGUCGCCUCAUUUUCAGGCUUGCGACGAUUUCCUCAGGGACGUGGCUUCAAGCAAUGGACAGGAGAUGAUUCGAAGGCCCUGAUGAAGGUCUACUUGCCUGCCAUCGAGGGGCAUGUACCCGUAGAUGUCGUGCGCACCUUUUGUGCACUUCUCGAAUUUUGUUACCUAGUCCGUCGUAACAUAAUCACAGAAGACACUCUAGUCGAAAUCGAAGACGCUCUCUCACACUUUCACCAUUACCGUAACAUCUUCAGGACGACAGGAGUGGUUCCUACCUUUCCCCUACCUCGUCAACAUUCACUCAAGCACUAUGUCCAAAACAUACGAUUGUUUGCUGCACCAAACGGCCUCUGCUCAUCGAUUACUGAAAACAAGCACAUCAAAGCGGUCAAGGAGCCAUGGAGACGAUCCAGCCGUUAUAAUGCACUUGGUCAAAUACUUGUGACCAACCAAUGGCUCGACAAACUUUCCGCAGCACGAGCUGACUUCACACAUCGGGGAAUGUUAACUGGUACUUGCCUCUCAGUAACUAUGGACGCCUUGGUACCCGCACAGCAGAUCAAUGAACUUGAUGAAAAUGUGCCAGCACCAGCACCAGCACCAGCACCAGCACCAGCACCUCUGCUGAUCGGCAUCGAUGAGGACCUGGAAAUUGAUGAUGGUCUGACGGUUCUACAAGCUUAUGUCCAGCUGGCGAAAACAUGCCAGGGCAAAAAACGUGCUCAAACUAUUCCUGCACUUGCCGAAGAACUCAAUAUUCCUAGUCUACCUGACCUCCUCAGACGCUUCUUAUUCCAACAGUUGCAUCCUAAAGAUCCUCGCGACCCAUCUAAUAUACCCCUCGCCGAAUGUCCCCUCUAUCUUAGCAAAAUCUCGGUCUUCAAUUCCGCAUCAUCACGAUUCUAUGCGCCGAGUGAUUUGAGCAGGAUCGGUGGUAUGCGUGUUGAACACAUUCGUUCUUGCCCCAUCUGGCAGAAUGAGUACCAGCGCCAUGACUGUGUUUUCGUCAACACAGACUCCAGUUUGCCUGGCAUGCAAGGCCUCGAAGUCGCCCGUGUUCGUGCAUUUUUCUCAUUCAGGUACCGGGGCAGGUUAUAUCCCUGCGCUCUAAUAAGCUGGUUCAACAAAGUUGGCGACGCCCCAGAUGAAGAUACAGGAAUGUGGAUAGUUCGUCCUGGAUUUGGAGCAGACAGUGCUCCAGGGUACGUGGUCAUUCAUAUUGACUCUAUUUAUCGUGCUGCGCAUCUUAUUCCCAUGUAUGGCGUGCAAUUUGUGCCCCGGGAGCUCAAUUUUUAUCAUUCAUAUGACGCAUUUCAAGCCUACUAUGUGAACAAAUAUGCUGAUCACCACGCAUUCGAGAUUGCAUUUUGACUUCACUUUGUUUUGGAUACUAGCGUGUAGCUACUUAAACACAAUUUGACUAUAUACUACUAUUUUCGUUCUGAACGUGCCUUAUUUCCCUUUGCACCGACAAUUUCACUUAGCCACUCUGUGGCGCCUUUGAGAAAAUUCAGGACACCCAAUUAACACUCCUUAUAUUCAUUUUCGCGCCUUAGCGCUGGCGCCAAGGCGGGUAAAGUGAGAUAAUAGCAGAAAAUAAAA